GAGCGCCCGCCCAGCGCUGCCCGUGCCCCGCCCCAAAAUGGCGCCCGCCCCCUGGAAGUGGCUCUGAAGCCGCUUCCGGUAGCGGCCGGUGGCGAUGGCGGCGACGCGGCUGGAGCUGAACCUGAUGCGGCUCCUGAGCCGGUGCGAGGCGCUGGCGGCGGAGCGGCGGGACCCCGAGGAGUGGCGGCUGGAGAAGUACGUGGCUGCUCUCGAGGACAUGCUCCGGGAGCUGAAGCAGCAGAGCAGCAAGCCAGCCCCCGAGCUGCUGAAUGAAUACUCUCGCAAAGUGGACUUCCUGAAGGGGCUUUUAGAAGCUGAAAAACUGCCUUCCUCAACUGAAAAGGCCCUGGCAAAUCAGUUCCUGGCCCCUGGCCGCACCCCUACAACAACGAAAGAGAGAACCCCAGCUACCAAAAGAGUUCAUCUGCAAACAAAGGCUCGUUGCACAGGCAAAAUGAGGAGUGAGCUGCUUGAUUCUGAGGAGUUAAACAUAAGGAAGCGGAAAGGGCUUGUGUCUGAUGAGAAGCAGUCCGCAGUGGAGCUGGAUGCUAUGUUGCAGCAUCAUCAGGACAUGCAGGAGAAAUUAGCUGAAGAAAUGCUGAGUUUGGCUCGUAGUCUCAAAAACAACACUCUGGCUGCACAGAACGUGAUAAAACAAGAUAACCAGACACUAUCUCAUUCUCUGAGGAUGGCAGACCAGAACUUUGAGAAGCUGAAGGAUGAAUCUGACCGCCUGGAACAGCACGCAAAGAAAUCAGUCAACUGGCUCUUAUGGAUCAUGUUAAUUGUAGUUUGCUUUAUUUUCAUCGGCAUGAUUCUCUUCAUUAGGAUUUUCCCCAAGCUAAAAUGACUAUUACCUUUUUACUUAAAACUGCCAGAAGCACAGUUGGAAAGUUCUGUUGCCAUUAUAACUGUCAGCAGUCAAUGGCCUUGCCACUUACCCUGUCCUCAGAGAGGCUGUGCAUGGCCUACCCUUGCAUCUCCUUCUUGUUCAGUUACUGGAUUUGGGAGGGGCUUUCUACACUUGGGUACUUGGUUAUUUUUUGUUACCUUGUGAAUAUUGUUGCCUAUUCAGGGGAGAACUGGGAUAAAGAUGGCAAUUU